UAUGUGUGUCAGCGCAGACGCGCUGACACACAAGGUCACUACCCCAGCAGCUGGCCGACUUGCAGCAAUGCGGAACACCUUGCAGUGCACCAAGCUGCCACAAUGGAUGCGGGAACUAGACCCAGCAGGCCCCAGCCAAGACGGGCACCCGGAAGGGAUGGACGGUGGGACCCAGGAGCUCCAGACACGCAGCCCCGGAUGCAGUAGCCUGAGGCGCCGUAUGAGGGGCCGUUAGGGACAUUAUUCAGAAUUACCUCCUACAUACACUACUGAAAUGCUCUCACAUAAACAACUGAAAUGUUUUUCUCUCACACACACUACUGAAACACUCUUAUACACACUACUGAAACAUUCUUAUACACACUACUGAAAUGCUCUCACAUAAACAACUGAAAUCUUUUUCUCACACACACACUACUGAAACACUCUUAUACAUACUACUGAAACACUCUUACAUACACUACUGAAAUGCUCUCACAUAAACAACUAAAAUGUUUUUCUCUCACACACCCUACUGAAACACUCUUAUACACACUACUGAAACACUCUUACAUACACUACUGAAAUGCUCUCACAUAAACAACUCAAAUGUUUUUCUCUCACACACCCUACUGAAACACUCUCAUAAACACUACUGAAUUGUUUUUCUCUUACGCACACACACACACACAUGGAAUUAUUUUUCAAUAGUAUGUAUAAACGGAUUUAACCUGUGUGUGUGUGAGCUUUUCACGUGCGUGUAAGAGAAAACAAUUUCAGUAGUAUGUGUGCAAGGAUUUCAGUUGUGUGUAUAAGAGAGGUUGCAUUCCGGUUCCGGUCAUCAAUAAUGCCCGCCCCUUUUCAGACAAGUUUUUUAUUUAUUUUUUAAAGCCAAGUUGUUUGUGAACAAAAUGUCUGCCUAACUGCCGACAAGUAGCUUAACCGAGGCAGGAGCUCUACUUCAUAAUUUGACGGCUUCAGCGGAGAAUAUAAGAACACUUUCAAUGCAACAACGGUCGGGCUGCAGCCGUCGGUUGCACCUGCUUACGGCGACACCUGAGCGGCCACAAAGCGGCUACUUUCUCCUUUCGACAGCCAAGCAGCCUGAAGCAAUCGUGCCGUUGCGAGUGUGCGCUGCAGCAUUAUCAAGCGCAACGUUUCAGCUCAUGGACAUCGGGGCAAGAGGAGGAAAAGAUAGUUUGGUUUUUGAACCUGACAUCUUCUUGGUCCUUCGAGCCGGAUUCCAACACAUCUGACGAUUCCAGCAGGAGGGGUGAGAAAAGACAGACAGACCAUGGCUACAGCAACCAUCUCCCCAUUGAGGAGAUGGUUUUCUUCUCUCUGGCUGGGAUCUGAGGAUUGACGGGAAACCGAGGACAAGAGGGAGGAGCGCAAAAUUGUGGUUGGGGAGGCCAUCGUAUUCUGCUACCUGUCCAGGAGGUCAUCUACCAUGCAGAUUGAGACCAACAUCCACGCAGCCGGCUGCCAUUUUAACUCCUACAUUCGCAGGGCUGUUCGCUUCAUAGGCGUCCACAUUUUCGGCUUGUGUGUGACCGCGCUGAUAACGGACAUUUUCCAGCUGUCGACUGGACAGCACACCCCUUACUGGCUGGAUGUUUGCAAACCCAAUUUAACACACAUCAACAUGUCAACUUGCGACGAAGCUUUUAUUUUGGAGGAUAUCUGUUCCGGACAAGACAUCAGCCUCAUCACAGCUGGGAGGAAGUCCUUCCCCUCCCAGCAUGCAACCUUGGCUGCCUUUGGAGCGGUCUAUGUCUCAAUGUAUUUCAACACGGUGCUGACGGACUCCACCAAGCUGCUGAAGCCUCUUUUGGUGUUUUCUUUCAUCAUGUUGGCCAUUUUGGCCGGACUCACCAGGAUUAUCCAGUUCCGAAACCACCCUGUGGAUGUCUACUGUGGAUGGAUGCUAGGGACAGCCAUUGCUAUCUAUCUGGGCAUUUAUGCAGUGGGAAGUUUCCAGCCUUGCGAAGCCAAGCCAAGAAAGCGACGACUCGCCCUCACCCUAAGAAAGUCGCCCCCACCUUCUGUUUCGAGUGUCAGCCAAUCAGAAGUGAGCAACAACCGCCAAGUGGGCCACCACAUGUUGACACCCAGUCAACCGGAACCAAUCAACACCAGGUCCACCACCCACACCUUCUCCCCCAAUCAGGCAGAGCGGAUCCUCACACGAAGCUCCUCCUACCGGGAGCCAUCCAGGUCCAGUCUGAAGGUCGCCAAUGCUGAAGUGAAGGUCAUCGUUCCGCCAAGUCCUUUGGAGAGUUCUGACAAGUCCUUCAGCAGUAGCACACUGCCAAGGUCGCAUGGUGGCUCCUCAUCAGAGGGUUGUCGUAUUCCUCGGCGUCAUGCCUCGAUCCACACUUCAAUGGAUUCAGUGCGAUCCAAACAACUCCUCAACCAGUGGAAGAAUAAGAAUGACAACAGGAAGCUGUCUCUGCAGGUGAUGGAUGGAAUAAGAGCAGUGUCUUUAUCUCCUCAAAGAAAUGUGCAGUUGCAUUAUCCCUCUGAACCAUCGGCCAUGGUUUUGGCUCCAGAGCCCUAUAGUGGAAAUUACAUGCCUUUGGUCCCUGGCCAGGAAGCUGGGGCCCACAUCCCUGCUCAGUACAACAAAAUACCUGCUGGCUGCGUUCCAAUAGCCAAUAAUAAUCCCCUCAACCAGAACGGAGGUGUUGGUUUGCCCGGUGGAUCCAGAAUGACUAUUCAGUCUCGUCCCGGAUCGUCUCAGCUAGUUCAUAUUCCUGAGGAGGAGAAUUCUACGAUCAAGGAUCAGGAGAGUGAAUCAGAAGACAGCACGGUUGAUGUGUUUGGAUCAGCAAAACAAAACUGGAUGAGAGUAACAGAGAAGACAACUCUUCCAUGUAGACCACUCAGUGCAGGCGGUCAACCCAGACUCAUGCAGGUAAUGUCUUUCUCAAAACACCACGGCUUGCUCAACUCUACUCGAUCGGAGGACAGCGGCAGCGUUGUCAGUUGCACGGGAUCCAUUCGCUACAGAGCUCUUACGGAUCACGACCCGUCACCACCAGCGUCCACCACUGGCGCAGCGGAAAUAGAAGGCAAAGGUUUGGAGCGAACCGGCAGUAUAGUCCGUGUUGAAGCCCACCCAGAGUCGAGAGUAAAAAGGCCCUUUGUGAAACCUCCAAGCACUGAUGGAAGCGGCUCUUGGCGAUGGAAUCCAGCGGACAAACAACUAUCGCUACGGCAGCCAGCUUUUACCGUCAACAAUACGGACUGCUACGAUUCCCUUAAGGAUGGCGGGCCAUUAGAUGGGCGGGAGAGUGAAAUGGUGACCAAGUUCGAAAAUAAAAGUGUUGGAGAAGGAGUUUCAAACAGUAGUCUCCCACAUAUGAUAUAUUCACUCCAUCCGUCACAAACUAACAAACCCAACCAUUUUCAGGACCACGACUCAAACAGACCUCCCACUCUGAGCGCCAUAAACGCUCCUCCUUUCCAUCCACACCCUCAGGCUAUCACGACCAUCAGAGUCACGCCUGUGGAAGGCACUGGCGCCAGCAGUGAUGGCAGCUCCGAGUGCCAAUCGGUUGCGUCUUCCAGCCGAGAGUCUACCUUGCGGAAAAAGAGUGUCACCGACAUUCACCACACCCAAGACCAAGGGCUCAUCUCUGAUCACCUUCUCAGUCAGAAAAGCAGCUUCUUCGACAGUGAAAGUGGCAAUCAUUUCAGUGAAAACCUUCACCAUUUUCAAGACAACCCAAUGCACCCCAACAGGCAGUUGCAAGGAAUGCUUGGUCGUCCAAGUCCACACCCUCCACCUACUUUACCCCGCCCUCUGAUGACUUACCCCCCACCUUCACCUUCCGGGUUGGCCUUGAUGACGAGCUCAUGUGAAGUUCAUGCAUUUAAACGUUAAACUGUUGCUGAGUGAGUUUUUUCUACUCUGAGAAGUACACACAUUGAGAUCAUUGUGCCGACCGGACUGGGCCGGACCCAUUUGCGGACUACAUCUGUGUAGAAAACGCCACAGAGAACACUGUCAUAACUGCAGGCUAAACUUUUGUCAGUGUGACCCGCCUGAUUCAGUCCCUGCUUUACUGUUCCGCCCAGGAUUCGAUCCUGGGUCAUCCGGCAUGACCCGGUAACCAGCACUGCUGAUAAGUUUGUCAGAGAGUACCCAGUAGGAACAAGGCAUUGAAACAACGUUGAGAACUUGUUGAAUUAGGUCCUGACAAUAGGCAACUCAAACACAACGUUGAAACAACAUGCUUUUUGACGACGUUAAAUCAAUGUUGGGUUCUUGCGUUGAUUCGACCAUUGAAUUUUGGUCAUUUCCCAACCAAUAUUCUAAAGUUAAAGUUAAAGUACCAACGAUUGUCACACACACACUAGGUGUGGUGAAAUUUGUCCUCUGCAUUUGACCCAUCCCCUCGUUCACCCCCUGGGAGGUGAGGGGAGCAGUGGCAGCAGCGGUGGCUGCUCCCGGGAAUAAUUUUGGGUGAUUUAACCCCCAAUUCCAACCCUUGAUGCUACGUGCCAAGCAAGGAGGUAAUGUGUCCCAUUUUUAUAGUCUUUGGUAUGACUCGGCUUCACCAUUGAAAUUUGGUCAUUCUAAAACACAAAUACAACUUUGAAACAACAUGCUUUUUGACAACGUUUAAUCAAUGUCGGGUUGUGUCGUUGAUUUGACCAUUGAAUUUUUCCAACCAACAACGUGGAUCUAAUGUUAGUUAUCAAUAUUUACAAACUAUUUUGCAACGUUCUUUCUAAGUCCAUUUUAAAAUAUAUAUACAGUAUGUGUAAUCAACGUUGUAUCAAUGUCUUGUGCCUGCUGGGUAUUUGGUUAAAGGCCUACUGAAAUGAAAUUGUUUUAUUUAAACGGGGAUAGCAGAUCCAUUCUUUGUGUCAUACUUGAUCAUUUCGCGAUAUUGCCAUAUUUUUGCUGAAAGGAUUUAGUAGAGAACAUCGACGAUAAAGUUCGCAACUUUUGGUCGCUGAUAAAAAAAGCCUUGCCUGUACCGGAAGUAGCGUGACGUCGCAGGUCGAAGGGCUCCUUACAUUUCCCCAUUGUUCACACCAGCAGCGAGAGCGAGAAAGCAACGUUUACCCCAUUAAUUUGAGCGAGGAUGAAAGAUUCGUGGAUGAGGAACGUGAGAGUGAAGGACUAGAGUGCAGUGCAGGACGUAACUUUUUUCGCUCUGACCGUAACUCAGGGCUCAUUGGAUUCCACACUUUCUCCUUUUUCUAUUGUGGAUCACGGAUUUGUAUUUUAAACCACCUUGGAUACUAUAUCCUCUUGAAAAUGAGAGUCGAGAACACGAAAUGGACAUUCACAGUGACUUUUAUCUCCACGACAAUACAUCGGUGAAGCACUUUAGCUACGGAGCUAACGUGAUAGCAUUGUGCUUAAAUGCAGAUAGAAACAAAAGAAAUAAGCCCCUGACUGGAAGGAUAGACAGAAGAUCAACAAUACUACUAUCAGGAGACACCGAACCAAACACUGGACCUAUAACUACACGGUUAGUGCUGUGCCGCCUGUCGAAGCCUAGCAAUGCUGUUUUUAACGACACCAUUGAAGCUAACUUAGCUACGGGACCUCGUCAGAGCUAUGAUAAAAACAUUAGCGCUCCACCUACGCCAGCCCUCUUCUGCUCAUCAACACCCGUGCUCACCUGCGUUCCAGCGAUCGACGGCGCGACGAAGGACUUCACCCGAUCAUCGAUGCGGUCGGCGGCUAGUGUCGGAUAGCGCGUCUGCUAUCCUCAAAGUCCUCCUGGUUGUGUUGCUGCAGCCAGCCGCUAAUACACCGAUCCCACCUACAGCUUUCUUCUUUGCUGUCUCCAUUGUUCAUUAAACAAAUUGCAAAAGAUUCACCAACACAGAUGUCCAGAAUACUGUGGAAUUUUGCGAUGAAAACAGAGCUGUUUGUAUUGGGAUACAAUGUGUCCCAAUACUUCCGUUUCAACCAUUGACGUCACGCUCAAACGUCAUCAUACAUAGACGUUUUCAACCGGAAGUUUCCCGGGGAAUUUAAAAUUGCACUUUAUAAGUUAACCUGGCCGUAUUGGCAUGUGUUGCAAUGUUAAGAUUUCAUCAUUGAUAUAUAAAUUAUCAGACUGCGUGGUUGGUAGUAGUGGGUUUCAGUAGGCCUUUAAAGUAGUCCAAGAAAUUUGAUUUCAUUCACUUUUUCUAUCGCAGUAUAAUUUAUGUUGACAUUUCUACGUACGUCAUUAUGUGGUCAUAGCAGAAUUGCCAAGAAAAAUACAGGUUUCAGACAGGCCAAUGAAACAAGGAGGCUUAAUACUGAUCAAAUCCUGCAUCCUGAAGAAGACUCUCUAUCGCUGAUGUUGGAUGAAAACUGUUUGGUAUGUCAAGUCCAGGAGUCUAACCCACUCUUUUAGGUGUGUAUCUUGAAUAGGUGAAUACUAUUUGCACAUUUUGUGCGCCUGGUCUUUAAAAGGUCUGCGUGUACUGAUCAUCAGAAUGUCCACAUACUCAUCUAGUGUGAUUUAUCAAGCCUGGAAGAGUUUGCGGCUGCUUUUUUUUUUGCGUUCGUAUUUUGACAUGUUUGGAAGGUAUGCGCAGACCGGCACAGUUGCGGACAAAAAGCCGUGCAGAAGGACGAUGGCGAGACAAUCCUCCGUCCACGUGUUCGUGUCUACGUACUUGGACUGUCCUAACUGAAAUCGGAGUACAGUAAAGCCACUACGGCUGUGAAUCUUUGGGCAUCACACGAUUCGUUUUGAUUCGAUUCUUGGCGGUAUGUAUUUAUUCACAAUUACUGCUAUCAUGACCGAAGCUCCAAAACAACCAAAGAAACAAAAAGUUUUUUUUUUUAAAAGAGAAUGCGACCCGCACAAAAGGACAGUCAGGAGCAACAUUUCCCCUGCUGGCGUGAUCUCAAAGAUGAGGAGGGAUUUAGAAUAGAAUAUAUCUUUAUUGUCAUUGUACAUUGUACAACAAAAUUGCAAGCAAACUAAUUUAGUGCAAAUUCAUAAUGACACAUAAAAAACAUAAGAACAUGGUACUCAGAUAAAUAGAUAAAAAUAAUACAUAAAAUACCAAGCACACAGCUCACAUGCACAGUCAUUCUUUUUCUUCAUUCUCAGCCUUGUGUUCAGCGACACGAUUGCUCUCGGGUAAAAAGUGUUCUUAAAUCUGUUUGCCCGGCAUU